UAGGAACAGCAGGUUGGGUAACUUAUUUACCCACUCACAGAUGGAGAUCAAAAUCCUGUUCAACCUGUAGAAAGCACAACAUUUUAUGGAUACACAACGCAGACAUUAAACGUGAAAAAUUGACAUGAAAAGGUGAUCCGCUGCACCUGCGUCUCCUCCACACACCAAUUUACUCCCUAGCAACCAAAGAGAGGUACCCUAGCAACCGUUUAGCGAGACCUAUAUCUCGGCAGCAGAGUAUCCUAGAUACAUCAGGUCUUAAAAAUGAGCCUCUAUGAGGAGAAAAAGGAAGAUGUACAGUUCCACAGAACACAAUGUUCAGAGCUCAGCUGUGUGUCUUUGAAGAGUAAAGAUUCACUUUUUCAGCCUCCUAAUCUUGAUAAUGGAGCGAUAUCCUCUGACCCCAUAGAGGAGAAAGAUUAUACCAGCAACUCUGUGAAAUCCCAUCUGACAUGCACUGCUUUAAUGGAGACCUUCUUCAGACAACAGAGACUCAAACAUACUCACAAAUCCAUCCUAAAGAACAAAUAUGAGAGCUUAUUUGAGGGAAUCAAACUACAGAAGAACAAAACCCUCCUGAACAGGAUUUACACACAGCUGUACAUCAUAGAGGGAGAGAGUGGAGGAGUGAAUGAAGAACAUGAGGUUUUACAGAUGGAGAAAACACCCAGAACACAACAAUUACAAGAAACAAGAAUCUACUGCAAUGACAUCUUUAAACCUUUACCUGAAUCAGAAUACAAAACAGAGAGGAGAAGAGAGAAGAAGACAAAAAUAAAGAGCGUUCUUACUCAAGGCAUCACUGGAAUUGGAAAAACCGUCUCUGUGCAGAAGUUCAUUCUGGAUUGGGCUGAAGGAAAAAACAAUCAAGAUAUAGACUUCAUGUUUGUGCUUCCAUUUAGAGAGCUGAACUUGAUUCAAGAUGAUCAGUACAGUCUUCACAAACUUCUGCUUGACUUUCAUCCUGAACUUCAAGAUCUGGACUCAAAGGUUUAUGGUGAGUGUAAAGUUGUGUUCAUCUUUGAUGGUCUGGAUGAAAGCAGAAUAACACUGAUGUUUUCUCACAAUGAGAAAGUUUCUGAUGUAACUCAGGCUUCAUCAGUGGGUGUGUUGAUGUCAAACCUGAUCAAAGGAGAUCUGCUUCCCUCUGCUCACAUCUGGAUCACCUCCAGACCAGCAGCAGCCAGUCAGAUCCCAUCUAAAUACAUCAACCGUCUGACAGAAAUCCAGGGAUUCAAUGAUCCUCAGAAGGAGGAAUAUUUCAGGAAGAGAAUCAGUAAUGAACAUCAAGCCAGCAGAAUCAUCUCACACAUUAAAAAAACAAGAAGUCUCCACAUCAUGUGUCACAUACCAGUCUUCUGCUGGAUCUCAUCCACUGUGCUUCAAAACAUCCUAAAACAAGAUCACACAACAGAAAUCCCCAAAACUCUGACUGAAAUGUACAUCCACUUCCUGCUGAUUCAGAUGAAUAUGAAGAAUGAGAAGUAUGAUGAGAGAGAUCCACAGAAACUCUUGCAGUCUAACAGAGAAAUGAUUGUCAAACUGUCUGAACUGGCUUUCAAACAGCUGAUGAAGGGUAAUGUGAUGUUUUAUGAGGAGGACCUGAGAGAUUGUGGGAUAGACAUCACUGACGCCUCAGUGUAUUCUGGGAUCUGUACUGGGAUCUUUAAAGAGGAAUCUGUGAUUCAUCAGAGGAAAAUCUACUGCUUCAUACAUCUCAGCUUUCAGGAGUUUCUGGCUGCUUUCUAUGUGUUUUAUUCCCAUUUAACUAAGAACACAGAAUCACUGCACUUGUUUCUUGUUUAUGAAUAUGAGAGCUAUAAAUCUGAGGACAGCUCUCUGUUUCAGUUACUAACAUCAGCGGUUCAUAAAAGCCUUGGGUAUGAAAAUGGACAUCUGGAUCUUUUCCUGCGAUUCCUGCUCGGCAUCUCAUUGGAAUUAAAUCAGAGACUCUUACAGGAUUUACUGCCACACACAGAGGGAAGUUCAAAGAGCAUCAAGAAAACCACAAAUUACAUUAUAGACAAAAUCAAUGAUGAAUAUUGUCUGUUAUCCAACAGAUACAUCAAUCUGCUCUUCUGUCUGCUCGAAAUGAAGGUUCAGUCUCUGCACAGACAGAUUCAAGAGUGUUUGCCAUCACAGACACUCUCUGCUGCUCACUGUUCAGCAAUAGCUUACAUUAUUCAAAUGUCUGAGGAAGUGCUAGAUGAGCUGGACCUCAAGAAAUACAACACAACACAAGAGGGUAGAAAAAGACUUGUACCAGCUGUGAUUAACUGCAGAAAAGCUCUACUUGCAAACUGUAGUCUUACUGAUGAGUGCUGUGAAAGCUUGGUUUCAGCUCUAGAGUCAUUCAACUCACCCUUGAGAGAGCUGGACCUGAGUUAUAAUAACCUAAAGGAUUUCAGAGUCAACAGUAUAAAAUUGCUCUUUAAUGGACGGAAAAAUCCAAACUGUAAACUGGAGAUUCUGAGAUUGUCCAGCUGUAAUCUCACUGAUCAUUCCUGUGAAGUUUUGGCUUCAGCUCUAAAAUCCUCAAACUCUUCCCUGAAAGAACUGGACUUGAGUAACAAUGACCUGCAGGAUUUAGGAGUGAAGCUCAUAUCUGAAGGACUAAAGAGCACAAAAUGUCAGCUGGAGAUUCUGAGAUAUUUAAGAAAAUUUAUUUCUACGAAUUGUUGUCAGAAGCUAUCAUCGUGUUGGGAAAGCAGUAAUACAGUACGUUCAAUCCAUAUUGCACAAAACCAUAUUACAAAACUAAUUUCUGUUUCAGAGUGUUUUAUUGAAUGCUGUCUGUGUUUUUGCAGAUUAUCUGGCUGUAUGGUGACAGAGGAAAGUUGUAUUGCUCUUGCUUUAGCUUUGAGAUCAAACCCAUCACACCUGAGAGAGUUGGAUGUGAGCUACAAUCACCCAGGAGAUUCAGGAAUAAAGCUGCUCUCUGAUGUGUUGGAAGAUCCACACUAUAAACUGGAGAUACUCAAUGUGGCUCAUGCUGGAGAGAUCAUGAUCACAGCAGGACCACGCAAGUAUGCCUGUGAUCUCACACUGGAUCCAAACACAGUAAAUCCUCAUCUCCGUCUGUCUGAGAUGAACAGGAAGGUGACCCGUUUGGAAAAGGAGCGAGAGUCAUAUCCCGAUCAUCCAGAGAGAUUUGAUUAUUGGCCUCAGGUUAUGUGUAAAGAGAUUCUGACUGAACACUGUUAUUGGGAGGUUGAAUGGAGUGGCUGGAGAGGUGCUGUUAUAUCAGUGAUGGGUAAAGAAAUCAGCCGGAGAGGAGCAGAUGAUGGAUGUAGAUUUGGGUUCAAUGAAAAGUCUUGGAGUCUUGACUGCUCCGAUAACAUAUUCACUGUUUGGCACAAUAAAAACAGCAUUGAUGUCGACUCUCCUUUAAUCGCUUCUAAAAGAGUGGGAGUGUAUCUGGACUGUCCGGCAGGCACUUUGUCUUUCUACAGCGUCUCGAAGAAGCUCACACACUUACACACAUUUAACUUCACAUUCACAGAACCUCUGUGUGCUGGAUUCAGGAUUUAUUCUGACUCCUCUGUGUCUCUGUGCUGUACUAAACAGCCUUCAAACAAGACACACAAGGGUCCAGAUUUAUAAGUUUUGGAAUUUGGUUAAAAGAGCAAGAUGAUCAUUCUGCACUGAUUUUUUCAUGAUUCCGCGACUGAAUGCAUCAAUGCGUCGAUGUGAUUUUAGGAUGAGCUUUGAAGAACCAAAUAAUCCAAGAUCAAGCCAAAUCGUCAACAAUCAAAUCCAGCUAACUGAAAAAAAACUGAAUUUGCAAGAUCCAGUACAAAGAACAGGCCCCUUAUCUCUGAAACAAAUACCUUGUCGAAAAUGACAAGGAGGACGACGAGCAUGGAUCACAACUGUGUGGAGAAGUUUGGCAGUCAGGCAAAAAUGUAAAGGCUCAAAAGAGGAUGUUUUUCGCCGACUGAGAAUCCAAAAACGGUUACUGAGUUUUUAAAUGAGCGCAUGCGUAAGAACAGCCUCCCUCCUUCACAGCUCAUUUCUAGGGAACGCCUUCCAAAACUCGUGCAUGAAUAUUUGAACACGAGUGUUUGUUUACCACCGGCAUAUGCUAUGUCGCGUGACUCGCGUCAGUGGAUUCAUUAUGUGAAAUGAUGAUUAUAAACAAAUAAGACAUUAAAACGUUAGAUCAGUCGACGCUACUCCCAUUUCAACUAGCAUGUAGCAGACUGGUCACUGCCUUACAACUACAGUACAAGAACAACGUCAAUAUACUUGAAAAAAAAGUACAACAAUAAUUAUUCUACAAAGAAAGAAUAAUCACUGUUACCUGUCGGGAAGAAUUUUGCGAACUGCGCGUCUGUCUUGACACCUCUCUGUUCCUUCAUUGCUCUCCAGCGUUGAAAUGUUUCUCCAAUAACGACUCUGUUUACAUUACGUUAUCCUUACAAUUUUCUCCUAUUCACAGCGGCUUAAAAAAGUAUUUCUUUUGCGUCCUCCUUCAAGUUUCUUCUCUACCGUGGUGCAAAUUCGAGGAGGAAAGCAGGAUCGACAAUGAAAACAAAACGAAACUUAAGACGAAGUUUCAUGCGCCAUGCGCAUGCGUCGCCUGUGUAAAGUAACUGGAGUGCGCACGUCUCUCACAAGGAUCGUAAUAGCAGUGACUGACAAGCCAGAGGGCCAAUCGCUGAUGCGAUGACCGCAUGAGCAAUUGGCUGAUGUUUUUAAGGCCCUAUCUUGUGCACAGAUGACGUAUAUUAAUAUUAUUACUUUCAGUGCAGCUAAUAAAUAGUCUUUUAUCAUUUAGUAAAGACAGUUUCAAGUAAUAUUGCAAAAAUUUAUAAAACAAACAUCCUCUUUUCCACCUUUAAGGACCUGUAGCUAACAUUGUAUACAUUCAUGUUACACGUUAGUAACGUUAGCUCAGUGUAAUAGUUGAUACACUUUAGAUAUGAUAUUUGAACAAAGGUAAUAUAUUUUUCAUUGAUUUUCCUCAUUAUCAAAAAUAAAACUACUUUAAAAGGACUGUUGUUAAUGAUUCUAUGUGGAAGUCUACCAGAAGUUGCAUUUAGUCCCCAAAAGCCAUUUGUUUAUGUUGUUGCUGCUGAAACCAUCUAUAGUCUGUUUAUGAGUUACCCACUUCUUGUCAAAAUAGUCUUGUUUUUGCCAAAAUAGCUUGAGAGAUGUCUGAUAUGUCAUCAUUAAAGUCAAAGUGGUUACAA